AUGCAACGCAUUGCGACAGGCAAGGCACCUUAUGCUGCAAUCGCUCUGCAUUCACAGGCUGUCGUCUUCAAUAAUGUUGUGUACACGAGUGGUCAGCUAGGUAUUGACCCUGCAACGGGAAAGUUGCUAGAAGGCACUAUUCAACAUCGAGUGCGUCAAGCUCUUAAAAACGUGCAGGCUGUUCUUGAAGCCGCUGGAUCUAGUAUGAAAAAAGUACUGCGCGUGACUAUCUGGGUCACCAAUGCUGCCGAUAUCCCUUUAAUGAACGAGGAGUACAUUAAGCAUUUCCAAGAUCCCAAGCCAGUCCGGGCUUGCGUUGUAGUGAAGGAGUUAGCUCUAGGUACAGAUAUAGAAUUAGAAGCUACUGCUUGGAUUUAA